CGCGUGCUCUGCGGUACGGGCAGUUUUUUGUUGGAGCCGACGCAGCUGUUGCUAUAGCAACCCUCGACCUCGGUUGGACUCGACCUUCUGAUGCACCCGACGCUGGUGGGGAUCCUGCUGGUGCUCGGGUACUACUGCCUCCAGGAGUACGUUGCCAGCGAUGCCUCGGAAGAGUUUAAGCAUGGGCGGCUGUCUUCGGGAGAACUCAAGAUGGCCGGUGACAUCCGGUCCAGGCUGGGCAACGGGUCUGCCUGGAAGAGGACCCACCAGGACCUGUACGUGUGCACGGCAUACCUGGACGACAGGACCAGGCCGGCGCUGGUUCGCUUUGUGGGCGUCGCCAACGCAUCGGGUCACGGCUACAGUGCCCGGCGGAGGUUCUUCCCGUCUUUCGAGUGCGUUUUCGCUUACAGGAACAAGACUUCACUGGAGACCUCUCAAGCCUCCUGGAACGUUCUGGGCGAACUCGGCAACGAGAACAUGGAGUCCGUCCUGGUGACCUGUCCCUUACAAGGCAUCGAGCCGCUGCCCGACCUGACGUCGCUCGUCUACUACAACAGCGACCCGGUCGUCUAUUUCACCCUGCGUCGCCUGCGCUGGAACGUGCGCAAGGUGCCUUUCUCUGUUGGACUCUGCGUGUCGCCCUCAGGCGCGACCUGGAGCGACGUCCGAGCCGUCGCCGAGUUUGUGGCUUACUACGGCGUCCUGGGAGUCCGACAGUUCUACUUCUACGUGUACGCGGCCACGCCCGAAGUGCUCGACUUCUUGCUGGACUUGAAGAACCGUCUCCACCUCAACAUCUCCUUUAGAAUCUGGAGAGGCCUGCCCACGUCCAGGAUUUCAGAGGUGGCAGACGGUGCGUUCAUCAACGACUGCAUCUUGCGCUACGUGCCGACGUCGACCGAGUACGUGCUGACGGCCUCCCUGAACGAGUUCGUGUCCCUUCGCCGAGUGGCCACCCUUCAGGAUUUGCUGGCCUCGGCGCCCAAAGCGACCGCCCUGACGUUCCUCAGCUACCCGUUCUACGGCCAGCGUCCGUCGGCGACCGAGUUAAUCACGCAGACCAACGUGCUGCGGAGCUCCCUGGUCGAGCCUCCAGGACUUACGUCCAGAGUCCUGGUCAAGGCGCGUCUGGUCAUGGAAGCCGGCUCCCGAGUCGCCUUCAGCCUGCACGAUGCGCAGCGCCACUUGUUCGACCCCGAAGAGGCGUGCCUACAUCGUUACGACCUGGUCGUGAACACAAGGGCCACAUCGACGGAAGUCGAGAACACCGAGUUGGACAGUCACAUGCGCAAGUUGGGGCCGAAGCUGUACAGUUCGCCCGUCUGGCAAUUUUGGCUGAAUAGGCAGCAACCGAGGCCGACUCCCCUGAGUCUGCUGGGCGGCCGGCGAUGACCAAACCGCUUUGAAGACCCCGUCUAUCUUUCCAGAUUAGAACCAACGCCCGAUGUAGAUAGCAAAGCCCCUGUGCUGAACCAUAGCCUCCUAUAUACUGACAAAGCCUGGCAGAUCGCCGCGACAAGAGGCCGCCGAAAUGGAAAAGGUGGAGCGGCAGACGACGGAUAAGAGGAAAGCCGGGUCAAGGGCGCCCCGCUGCGGCGAGACGCCGAAACACACUUCUCCUGAGAGAACAAGUGUGUUUCGGGUCUUCGCCGCUGCAAAAGCUGUGCGCUGACGAUUAGGUUCCCCGAGAAAUUGGUUUUUGAUGCUCUGUGCUACCAGCUCCUCGCGCUCCAAAUCUGCGACCGUGUACCCUAUAGCGCCGCCGUCGAACUGCCAGGCUUUGUGAGUAUAGAGGAGGCCAUGGAAUUCAAACUUUCCGCGUCAUCUAAAGACAGGUUGGACACGAGUACUGCGUCAGCGUACAAACACGAGUCCCAGCCGAACGCUGACGAAGCACUCGUGCGCAGCCUCUGUCCCGCGCUAGCUUUCUUUAUAGCGACGCCAAAAAAAAUUCAGUACUGUGGUCCUCUUAUUCAGGGGCGCUAAAAUCAUUAAACACAAGGUCGCGGCCGAAGUUUACGAAACACGCCAAUUAUACCUUUUUUUUUUUUUUUUUUUUUUUUUUGUCGAAGUCCGAUUAACGUU